UCUCAUUCGACUGUUUUCACACGUGCGAUGUUAGGCACCGGUCUUGAGUACAGAGUGUAUCGUUUUUAGGCAGUGGGAGCUGCACGCCUUUAUAGAAAAGAACAUGCGUGAGCGUCUCUCUUCCAUUCUUGGGGAUUUGUUCGGUUGGUCGACGACCGCGUCGACGACCGCGUCGACGGCCCCGCUAAGUGCGGCGCUUCGGGAGUACUUUGCUCGGGGAAGAUGGAUCGACGCCGGAAAGUUGAAGCCGGAUCAUACAGAUCCGGCGGACGCUAUCCGAAUGCAUCUUGUUGAAGGAAAGCGCAUUGAAGAUCACGCAGCUCAUAGCGAUGGAGGUGGCGGUGAACCUGUGAAGAUUAACGGCUACAUCGCGACGCUUCAUAACAUAUCCUGUGUAAAAACGUCCCCGCCCCAUAGUUUUCAUGCAUGUUUGCAUCUACAGAAAUAUCUGUAACGCGCACUCGCAUGAGAGGAAUUAAAUUUGUACGUCGUAUUGUGAGAUUUGUAAAAAUGCUGUAAACAGGAUGAGCAGGCGUCUUUGCUAUGCGACUGUCCUUGCUAAACAGCGCUACACUACAGAUGGAAGCUUCUCAUGCAUAACUCCCAAAGCGUGGAGACUUGUGUUGCAGACUUAAGUAGCAACUUGACUAUCGGGCGGGGACGUGUUUGCUCAGGAUAUAACAAGGACGACGUCACCGUACGGACAAUAGAAGAACUCACCGCUGAGGAAAUCGUCCAAAUCUUGGACGAGGUUCUGGGAAAGUUAUCCUGAGUAAAAACGUCCCCACCCGAUAGUCAAGACGGGAAAUCCGCUAGACAAAGCAACAAGCUUUGGCUGUUGCGCAUGACAAAUUUGGGCACGGAGUGUAGUCGUCUUUAGCUAGUGCAGCAGCAUCACAGAUCUCGCAUAUUACUAUGCUGAUGCUAGCAUGACAAAUCUCAAAACACCAGUACAUGAGAAACAUUGCAAUCAUGGAGAUUUGCAUUACAGCUCUGGGAUGUCAAGCCAUCUAGGGCCUGGGGCAGAGGGGGGGGCAAAGUGUGCUGCAAUUCCUUUAGCAUUGCAACUCUGGGGUGGGGACGUUUUUACACGGGAUAGAAGUGGUCUCUCGAAAACUACAACAACCUCAACGUAGCAGCAGGAAAGAGCAACAAGAAGCCGCUGGAUUACAACAUUGCGAUUCGAGCACACGUAUCCGCUUUGUACCAUGCUGAACCUCCCAAAUUCGGGUCGGUACCAACAAGAGAAGUGUUUAAAGAAAGAAUGGUGCAGUUUUUGAAGGCGGUUAUCCCCGAGAGGGACCCGGUCGACAUUAACGUGGCCAAUCAGACUCCGUCCGACUCGAAAAGCUGGAGAAACACGUACACGUACUACGUGGAGUCCUUGUCGAACCUGAUCAUCAUGAUCAUCAACAACAGGAUCAAGAUCCUUACCAUCAUCAUCUUUACGCCCAUGUAG